CCCAUAUUUUCUCUCUCUUCUCGUCCAAAAAAAUCUCUCUCUAAAACCCUAAUUGUGAAAAUCCAAAUCUACCUUGGGUAUCUUUCAACAGCCCUGUAGUAGCUUCUCAAAGAUGUCGAACUUAGACAAGUCGCUUGACGAUUUGAUAAAGAUGAACAAGAAAUCUGGAGCAGCAGCAGGAGCUGGAGGUGGAGGAUCUAACCCUAGAGGCGGCAGAGCUCGUAACUCAGGCCCUGGUCCCUCUCGUCGACUCCCCAAUCGUACCUCAAAUCGCUCCACUCCAUACUCAUUCGGAAAGGUUCAAGCGCCGGAGACGAAUUGGCAGCAUGACAUGUUCGCAGACCACGCGGCGGCGGUGGCGUACACAGCGCAGGUUGGUCGAGUGUCCGCAAUCGAGACCGGCACGAAACUACUCAUCUCUAACUUGGAUUAUGGAGUCUCCAUUGAAGACAUCAAGGAGCUCUUCUCAGAGGUUGGGGACCUAAAGCGAUAUUCAAUUCAUUAUGAUAGAAGUGGAAGAUCAAAGGGAACGGCAGAAGUAGUCUUCUCACGACGGAAAGAUGCCGAGGCAGCUGUCAAAAGAUACAACAAUGUUCAAUUGGAUGGAAAGCCCAUGAAAGUCGAGAUUGUAGGAACAAAUAUUGCUACUCCUGCUGCUCCAUCUCUACUUCCACCUCUACUUCCACCUCCAUCUACAAAUGUCAUGUAUGGAAAUCAAAAUCGUGCUCCCAGAAGCAAUCAAGGACGAGGUGGUUCCAUUGGACAACCUCGAGGUGGUGGCCGAGGGUUUAGAAGGGAUCGCGAUCGUGGACAGGGUAGAGGUCGUGGUGAAAAGAUAUCAGCAGAAGAUCUUGAUGCUGAUUUGGAGAAGUAUCACACUGAAGCAAUGCAAACAAAUUGAAGGCAAAAAAGUGCUGAUUUGCAUAGCAAAGUUUGGAGAAGGAAAUGCAAAAUCACUGAGGACAUCUUGGAUUUUGUAAUGAAGCUUGGUAUUGUUAUGUUCUUUGCUUGAUUGUGAUAAAUUGUUGUUUGUACCAAAAGAAACUCUUCUUGGAUUUUUGUUGUGAAGCUUAGGAUUCUUAUGUUCUUAGCUUGAAUAUGAGUGCAAGGCUUAAUGAGAAAGUGGUGUUUGUACUAAAAGAAACUGUUGCUUUUUUCCGUUUCUUGGCUUAGGGGCCACCUUUGUACCCCCCC